GUACAAAAUCAACCAAAAUCUAACAUAAAUCCUUAUGAUGACAAUUCUGAACAAAGUGUUAAUGAGUUUUCUGAAUCUUCUGAAUAUACCACCAAAGAAGAUAAUAUUUCAGAUAGUAGUAAUUAUAACAUUUUAGACAAGAUUCAAUAUAACGAAGAUAGCAACUGA